AUAAUGGUAUCAAUCAUUUCCCCUCAUUUUUAAUACCAAAAAAAUAACAAUGGUAUCAAUCACCCAUAAAUGUUUAAAUGUCAUUAGCAAUUAAUUCGAUUAUCAUCUAUAAAAUCUGAGGGCGAUCCACCGUUUUGGUUCUUCCUCUUCCUCUUCCUCUUCCGUAUGCAUAAUCGUAUAAACUGAUACGUACCCACGUAUUUGAUAACCCUCUCCAUAUAUACGGAGUACGUAUAGUAUACGGAUUCCUGGGUUUAGGUUAGAAGUGGUUUUGGAGAGACAAUGGACGGAAGAACGAAAAAGGCUUCCUCUUCUUCCUCGUUAACCUCUGAGCUUUUCGGUUCCAAAGUAAAUCCUUUGCCUUCUUCCUCUUCUGGUACCUUCAGAUCUAUUUUCGCUCCUCCUUCUAAGGUUAUGGGAAGAGAAUCUAUACAAAUGCAACAAGACACUGUGACUGCUGGCUGGAACGAGAAAUCCUCCAAGAUUGGUGAUGUUAAUAGACAGAGAGAAGAACAAGAUAACCUUGGUUCAGUUUAUCAGGAUCAGAGAGUGCAACCUUGUCAUCUAAGUUCUUCCAUCUAUUACGGUGGCCCCGAUGUUUAUUACCAGUCUCAGGAUUCGAGCUCAAACUCUACGGAGAAGAAGAAAGAGGGGGGCGAAGAUGAUUCAGGAAGUGCUUCAAGAGGAAAUUGGUGGAAAGGAUCUCUGUAUUAUUGAGUAGAGAUCUCUUUUGCUACUUAUUUAUACUACAAAAACAAGGUACAUAUAGGACCAAAAAACUAGAGUCCCCUUGGAGUGGAUCAGUACGUUUUAGUAACUUCUCAUCUUAUUAUUACAACAAGUAUGGAAGAAGUUUGAAAGGUAGCUGCUACAAAAGAACAGGGGAGUUUUGUUCCUUGUGUUCUUGUCGUGGUUUAGUGAUUUACCCGGUUGGAUUUCUAUUUUCCUUAAACGUACCUAUAGAUAAACCGUUUAUGGUUUUGUAUAAUACUCUAAUAAAUUUACAGUUUCCACGCAUGUAUAAAUAAAUUAUUUUUUUUUUUGUUUUAA